AGGGGGUGAGAUUGCUCGCUCUUUCUGUCUCACCUACCCCGGGAAGGCAAGCGCUUGGGGGAAGAGGGAUGGUUGCGUUCUGUCUGAUUCACAGCAGCGACACAUUGCACGCUUGCAUUGUACUGGAGGAACCACAGGAUAUUCUUGCUGGUCAUUGACAAAUAGGUGAACGGAUCACCGGGAUUGUGAAGCACUAUUCCUCCCAUUAGCACAUGUUACGACGAUGCAACCGGCUCGUUGAUAAAGAGGCAAUCUGGCGGACCCGUCGUCUUGUGGAAUAAGAAUGUGCUGAUGCACCAAUGUACCAAGGAAAUUCUGAUUAAUCUUCCUUAUACUCGCCAUAGACACAACGAAGGAACUGGAAUGUCACCCAGAUAUAGCACAUGACAACUUUGUUGGCCUUCAAUUAUUGAGGACCAUUGUAAUUAGGAUCCUUUCUUGGAGUGUGCUAAAGAUAUCCACCCACCCCCCGCCCCUGCUACCCCAGUGCCUGCACCACCAUCCACCUGCCCUACUCCCCAAACCUCCUGAGAGGUCCAAGGAAUAAUGCCGGAGAGACUGGGAACAAUGCUGACGGAUAUGCAGGCGCGCUUAGUGCUGGCAUGGAUUAGUGUGCUUCCCCUGAUGCAGCCCAUCCCACUGGAUCCUCCGCAGAAUUUACAGGAAGGGGAUGUGUUAACGCUCGAUGGGUUGAACGCUGACGCAGCAGCCCUCAGUCGCGCAAAGAGGGGCUGGGUCUGGAAUCAAAUGUUUGUGCUGGAAGAAUUUUCAGGGCCUGAACCUAUUCUCGUUGGACGGUUACACACAGAUCUUGACCCAGCGAACAGGAAUAUAAAGUACAUCCUGUCGGGAGAAGGAGCUGGGACGAUCUUCAUGAUCAAUGACAUGACAGGGGACAUCCAUGCCAUGAAGAGGCUUGACCGGGAGGAGAAGGCCGAGUAUACGCUCACUGCGCAGGCCAUCGAUCGAGAGACCAACGACCCUCUGGAGCCCCCGUCAGAAUUCAUCAUCAAGGUUCAGGAUAUUAAUGACAAUGCGCCAGAAUUUCCAGAUGAGCCUUACCAUGCAACAGUGCCAGAGAUGUCUCCCGUGGGCACUUCUGUCAUGGGGAUAACAGCCACGGACGCUGAUGACCCCGUCUAUGGGAACAGUGCAAAACUGGUCUACAGCAUCUUGGAGGGGCAGCCGUACUUUUCCAUUGAGCCACACACCGGAGUAAUAAGGACUGCCCUUUCGAACAUGGAUCGGGAAGCCAGGGAAGAAUACCUUGUAGUGAUACAAGCAAAGGAUAUGGGAGGCCACAUGGGAGGACUGUCUGGGACCACAACUGUUACCAUCACAUUGACUGAUGUCAAUGACAACCCCCCCAAGUUUACCCAGAGUCUCUAUCAUCUGUCCGUACUUGAGGACAUGCCGGUCGGAGUUGUUGCUGGAAGAGUCAAGGCAAAUGAUCGGGACAUGGGACAGAAUGCCAGGUCUUUAUACGAGAUCAUCGAUGGAGAUGGUAUGGACGUGUUUGAAAUCACGACAGACUCCCAGACCCAGGAGGGAAUCAUUACUCUUAAAAAACCUCUGGACUUUGAGACCAAGAGAUCCUACACACUGAAAGUGGAGGCAGGGAAUACACACAUCGAUCCACACUUCAUCAGCAAGGGACCCUUCAAAGACACGGCAGCCGUGAAGAUCACUGUAGAUGAUGCAGAUGAACCUCCUGUAUUCUCCUCGCCUGCCUAUUUCUUGGAAGUGAGGGAGAACGCGGCCUUGGGCUCAGUCAUCGGAGAGGUUUUGGCUCAUGACCCCGAUGUCAUCGAGAGCUCUGUAAGGUAUUCCAUUGAUCGGCACACCGACCUUGAGAGGUUGUUCAACAUCAACACUGACGAUGGAAAGAUAACACUGGCAAAACCUCUGGACAGAGAGACUGAUGUUUGGCAUAAUAUCAGCAUUAUCGCUAUGGAAACCCGAAAUCAUAGCCAAGUGUCCCGGGUCCUUGUGGCCAUUAAAGUUCUUGACGUUAAUGACAAUGCUCCUGAGCUCUCCUCGCAAUCUGAAGCUUACCUGUGCGAGAAUGGAAAAUCUGGCCAGGUGAUUCAGACGGUCAGUGCCACAGACAGAGAUGACCCAAAGACUGGGCAGUACUUCUUCUACAGCCUGGCGCCCGAAGUUUCCAGGAACCCCAACUUCACGAUCAAGAAUAACGCAGAUAACUCGGUGAGCAUACUCGCAAGGCACAGUGGGUUCAACCGACAGAAACAGGAUGUUUAUCUUCUCCCCCUCAUAAUCUCGGACAGUGGGAGCCCGCCCAUGAGUAGUACCAACACCCUCACCAUCCGUGUCUGUGGCUGCAGUGCUGAUGGGAGUGUACAAUCCUGCAAUGUUGAAGCUUUUGUCCUUCCCAUUGGGUUAAGCAUGGGGGCUCUAAUCGCGAUCUUGGCCUGCAUUAUCCUCCUCCUGGUUAUUGUGGUACUCUUUGUAACACUAAGAAGGCACAAGAAUGAGCCUCUUAUUAUCAAAGAUGACGAAGAUGUGAGAGAGAACAUCAUUCGUUAUGACGAUGAAGGUGGUGGCGAGGAGGACACAGAAGCUUUUGACAUCGCCACCUUGCAAAACCCUGAUGGUUUCAAUGGGUUCCUGCCUCGGAAGGACAUCAAACCUGAUCUGCAAUACGUACCCAGACAAGGGCUCCCGCCUGUCCCCAAUGGAGUCGACGUGGAUGAAUUUAUUAAUGUGAGGCUUCACGACGCCGACGUUGAUCCCACUGCCCCUCCUUACGACUCCAUCCAGAUCUAUGGCUAUGAAGGACGAGGGUCAGCGGCUGGUUCCCUGAGCUCAUUAGAAACAACGUCAACAGAUUCAGAGCAGAACUUUGACUACCUCAAGGAGUGGGGCCCACGGUUUAAAAAACUCGGGGAUAUGUACGCAGUCGGAGAGAGUGACAGAGAAACUUGACUCCAACUUGGAAUUAACAAUUAUCCAAUAUUUUAACAGACACUGAUGUAUAAUUAUAGGGUUGCCAAUUAUUAACAAUGGAUAAGCUGGUCAGCCUUUUAGAUGCAGUCAACAUUAGUUCUUAUCAUCUUUGAAGUCCAGCUCUUUGUAAUAUUGAACCAAAAAAAAAUUGCAGAUUGUAUGAGUGUUUUACUCUUGUGGAGUGUGGAUUAUGUGGAUUGUUUGGGCAGGAUUUGGUUUCCUAGUUCUUGUAUAGACUAUCGUUCAACUGGAAGAGACUUUGGGAUCUUACAGUGCUUCCUACAUGGUUCCUCAGACCAUGGCUUUUCUCUGAUUGCAGACCAAGAUCUUGCCAAGCCAAAGCGAAGCAAUAUCAAUGUCUUUAUCGUGGAACUGGUGAAAGUAACCAAAGGAAAUGAAGGGGAAAGCUGCAAACAGACAUCAUAAAGCUUUGAAACCAAUUCCAGCUCCUUCUCCUUGCAGUAAUAUUAGCUGAGGUGUAAUCGAGUGUUUCUCUGUGAGAUGUGGUCACAAAAGUAGACACGGUGCACCCCUACAGGGUGCCCUUAGGCUUCAUAAUACACUUAGUGGUCUGAGUCCAUUCCAGUCAAAAGCAGACGGCAGGUAUGGAUAGUGAAGAAUGGGGGAUGCAAAUCACUUUUGGGACAGUUUUAGAAAAAAAAAUGCCAAGUUUAAAUAUCAGCAACAUACCUAAAUGGCAAUUUGAAGCAUACGGCAAUAACCAUUAUCUUAUUGUAUGACACUUGUGCACGGGCCUGCUGACUAACCCGAGUGAGCAAAGUACAAGAACUGGAAUGGAACUGAGAUCAUGCGAAUAUUUGAUUUCCAAACCUUUAGAUACACGCUCAUUACACAGUACAGUACCAGUGUUAAACAUGUGCUUAUUGUGCUUCACUGUGUAAUUUGAACCUAAACAAAAAAAUGAAAAUGGUCUAAAAAAUGUUUUUAUGUUAUGUAUAUAUAUAUAGACUUACUGCUAACUUUUGUGGCUUUUUCUUUUUGGGAAAUGAACUUUGGCUAUGCAGAAUAGCUCUGGCACACAAACUCAAUGAUAACAGCACUGAAAGCUAUGUGCAUUGCCGGUCUUUAAUGGGAAAUACUACAGUUCAGAGUAGAUAUUGUAUAUUACAAUAGUCUUACGCACACAAAAAGGAGCCCUUAUUAAUUUUAUACGUUGCUUUAAUGCUAUUUACUUGUACGUUUCAAUUAUUUUACGCCAUGUAUUGUACA